AGAGAACGUAAAUAUAACGAGCAGAGAACGUAAAUAUAAAUAUGUUCUUUGUCUUACGCUUUUAUUGCUUGUUUUGAACUUGUAUUGUUUUUGUUUCUGCUGAAAAAUACAUUCCAGUCGACUCAUCGACAUCAAUUGCAGUGAUUCUUUGUUUCAAUUGUGAAAUAAUAAUUUAUAAUUCGAACAUGGAGUCAAAUACAAAUGUAAAGGAGGAAUCUACUAUCGCAAAAUCACAAACGCUUAAUGUUAUGUGUGGAAUCUGCUUCGAGUUCUACGACAGUUCGGAUCGAAUAUUUUCUACAACUUGUGGCCACUUAUUUCACAGUCAAUGCCUGUUUGCGGCACUCACAAAUUCGAAAUCAUGUCCAGAAUGUCGCCGACCCUGCACACGUAACCGUAUUCAUCCCGUAUUUUUGAAUUAUGGUGAACGUUCAGAAUUGGAUAUCAAAUGGAGUAAUUCAAAAGCCGCUGAUGCGUAUGCAAACAUGCCGAUUUGGACACCACUAUAUGAAUUAGAGUUGCUGGAGACGGCCCGUGCUCCACUGGCACCACCAGAACCAGAUGAAGCCAUUCAAAGUGGAACAGACACCGAUGGUAAUCCAACAUAUGUGGCUCGUGUAUAUUUUCAAGAUGAUUUAUUGCCAGCUGGUUAUGUACCUGCGAAAGGUGUUGCAUAUGCUUCGCAUGGUUGUAACGGAUAUGCUUUUAGUCAUAAUGUUGAAUUACUUAAUAAUUUCAAACACAAGUGGUUGGCUGAUUCCAAUGGACAUGUACCAGAAGGAGCCAUUGUUGGGGGUUAUUCAGAGCUUAGAGAAAAUUUGUACGUGGCACGAGGGCACUAUAAUGACAAAACUCUGUUAGGUAAAGUACACCCUUCCCACAGGGUCAUGUACAUGCCAUACAAUGGAAUAGAAGUAAACACAAAUGAAUAUGAGGUUUUGGUGGCGGAAAAUUGUGCAACCGAGAGUAGCGAUGAAGCAAAUAAUGAAGUUUAAAUUGAAACAAUUAUUAAACAUAUUGAGAAUUUAGUAAUAUAUGAUAAAAAGGCAAUUCACAUUAGAGGAACAAGCACAGACAAGUACAUGCGUUACUUCAUUUUUUAUUAUAAAGCACACAUUCGUGAAGUGAGUGACCAUAUACUCACUAAAACGAAAUAGUAUGGAAGUUAACAUAUAUGUAUAUAUGUAUGUUUAUAAGAAUCUUGUAUAUAUUUUAUCAUCGAAUAAAAACCUUUCAAGAUUUAAUCUUAGAUUGAUUAAUAUAAAAAUUUUCUCAUUUAUAAAAUAUCUUAAUAACGUACUCAAACAAAUGUGAAAAGAUUUCCUACUGCGGGUUGCAGGGACUAAAAUCAAAUCGCUUCCGGAAUAAUUGAAUGUUUAUAAAAGGGUUUUUAUCCACCCGAUGACUUUCUGUUCAAAUACCCAUUAUGAAUAUAAAUAUUUUUGAGAUUACAUUAUCGGAUCAAAACUAUAAAAAAUGCUGAACGAUUAAAAUCUUUCCUUACCGGAUCAAAACUAUAAAAAAUGCUGAACGAUUAAAAUCUUUCCUUACCGGACGUUUUAACGUAAGAAAACAAGACAAAUGUUACUUAACAAAACUUCGAUUUUAUUGUUUCUCAUCUAUCUAAUUUUUUAUAUAUGUAUGGAUGUUUAAUAACUAUUUGCUUAUGAACUAAUUGUUUAAUAUUUGUUACCUGUUCUAGAAACAAAACCACACAGCAUGCAAUUGUAAAUACAUUCUUAACUGAUGACUUAUUAAAAACUAAAUAUUGAA